AUGGGAGAAGCGUCCUCAGAGUGGAUGUCAUCGUCGCUCUCAUCAUCGAGAGAAGACUCCCGUUGGGGACAAAAACGGACGAAAAUUGUCCCCAGGAACUCGAACCGAUUGGACGGGAAAGGAGGAGGAGGGGGAGGUUUUGAAGGCACGAGCGGAAACGUGAGUGGCAGCAGCAGCGCGAGUGGCCACGACGGCGCGGGAGUGUCCUACGACAUCUCGAACGACGAGAGCGACUUUUUGCAACAAGCCGGGAUGUUGGAUGGGAAGGAGAAAAGUGCCUCUUUAUCCUCCUUAGAUAUCGCGGCGGAGAAAACCAACGGGACGACGAUCAGUAGGGAUCACUCGAGUUCGGAGUUCGAGGAGGACGAAAAUUGCGACCCAGAGGAGGAUAGAAAGAACAGAGUAGGAGGCGGGGGAUGUUGCAACCACUCGCACGGCGGUGCUUUAGCCGUGGAUGAAGACGUAAAUAGAGCGAGGAAUAAAGUAGAAGUCGUAGUAGACGUGGUUUUAACAAAGUCAAAGUUGAACGCCGCGGCUGGAUAUUUGCGAGGACGAGGGAGUUUGACGGUGUUGUCGUGGUGCUUGUUGCUCGUGGCUGGAUUUUGCCACGUCUCGACGUCGAUUUGUGCCAUGCUCAACGUCGCGUCGAUUGUCCCCGGCGCUACCGCGGCGUGGCUUUCCACGUCGGCGACGGCGUUGGUGUAUCUAUUCGCUGGAACACCGGAAUUUGUGGACGUCUUGUAUGAAGUCGCGAGAGGUAACAUUAACGUGCACGUACUCACGACGCUGGCGGUGUUUGGUACCGUUUUACUCGGGUGCGCCUUUGAAGGCGCGCUCUUGCUCGUGUUGUUUGCAUCCGCGCACUACGUGGAAGAUAGAUUGACGCAACAUGCGCGAGGCGAUUUAAAAGCGUUGUGGAAAACGGUGCCACCGUUUGCGAAUGUUGUCGACAUCGACGGCGCGACUGGAGACCCCAUCGAAGGAUCGCAGCGGAAAAUGCGCGCUUCGGAAGUGCCCGUCGGGAGCUAUUGUUACGUUAAAGCGGGGACGCAAGUUCCUUUAGACGGCAUCGUCGUUCACGGUUCAGCGAGAGUGUCUAUUCAACACAUUACGGGCGAAGCUUUGCCCGUGCGACGCAGAAUCGGCGACGAAAUUCCAGCCGGCGCGAUGAACAUUGACGGGGUAUUGAUCCUUAAAUCUUCGCAGUCUUCCGAAAAUAGCACACCGGCGAGAAUUGCAAAGCUCACCGAAAGAGCGCAACAACGCAAACCGCGAGUGAGUCGAUUAAUUGAUGACGUUGGCGAUAAGUACUCUAGGAUUAUUUUGUUUAUAACCUUUGCGACGAUGGUGACGGCGCCUCUCGUGUUCGGAGUUCCCUUUUUAGGUCGAGGAGGAGCAAUGUACCGCUCGUUUGCGUUCUUAUCUGCGGCGGCUCCGUGCGCGCUGCUCAUGUCUCCGUUAGUGUACGUCGCGGCGAUUGGCGCGAUGGCCAGAAGAGGUAUCCUCAUCAGAGGCGGGCGAACUCUGGACGCGCUCGCAAACGUCAAUCUCGUGUGUUUAGACAAAACUGGCACUUUGACGUUGGGUGAAAUGUCCAUCGUGGAAAUAAAAACCGUGGAAUUAAGCGAAGAGAGCAUCGCGAGCUUAGCGUUUAAAAGAAGCGACGAGGAGAGCGUGCGCGUUGCGAAAGCGUUGGAACGAGGUUCGGUGCAUCCGAUUGCUAAAGCCACCGUCAAUUAUAUCGGUAACGGCGACAACAGCAGCGCGAGUCGUAGCUCUUUGGACGUGAAAAACUACAAAGUUGAGCACGGUAAAGGUGUUGAAGGUGAAAUUAACGGCGAAGUCUUCAGAUUUGGAACCGCGUCGUGGGCUUUAGAGUGCCGCCGUGGGAACAACUCGAGCGAAGAAGAAAAAGUAGUCGCGCGAGCAACGGAGGAACACAGAAGCGCCGGCGAAGCAAUCGCGGUUCUGUGCUCGUCUUCUUCGCCCGAUGCUACGGUCUUUCGAUACUCCGACGCACCGCGCGCUGAAGCGAAGGAUGCAGUCGAUACCCUUCGGAAACGAGGACAGACCGUGCGCAUGCUCACGGGCGACGCGACUGCGUCAGCGUUGGCGAUUGCCGAACAAGUUGGCAUCGAACCAGCCGCGGUAUUUUCGCAAUUGACUCCGGAUAAAAAGUUAGCUCACGUAGAAUCUGCGAGAGAAGAUGGCAAAAAAGAAGAAAAUGGCAAAGUAGUAAGCGUCGCUAUGAUUGGUGACGGUAUUAACGACGCGCCGGCAUUGGCGGCGGCGGAUGUUGGCAUCGCCGUGUGCUCGACGCCUUCAGAUGCGGCGUCUUCUGCCGCGGACGUCUUGUUACUUCAAACUGGACAAGGGCAACUUCAAAGCAAAGACACGGUGAUGAGUGGUGGAUCCAUGUCGGUGAUUUCAGCGGUUCCAGAGCUCUUUGCGCUCGGGCGCAUGACGCGAAAUAUUUUACAGCAAAAUAUUUUCUUGGCGAUUUGCUCUAUUCUCGGAUCCGCCUUGCCAGCUUUGUUCGGCGCGUUCCCGCUUUGGUUAGCCGUGUGUGUUCACGAAGGCGCGACGUUGUUAGUAGCCGUGAACUCGACCCGUUUGCUGGCGACGUUUGGACCCCGGAAUUCCAUGCGCCUUUCCAAGCGCGUGAAGUUCUUAAUCGUCACUUUGACGUUGGUGGGCAUCUUUGGUGCGUUAGGCACGGUGUUCAAACCGCAAGGCGUGAUGUUACAAACGCUCAUCUCUGAAGCUGUUACCGCUGCCGUCGCGGAAUCUUCCGUGGCGUUCCAUUCCUUCUUCCAUCCGGUUUUGAAAUCUGCCUGGGCCGGCUUGUUCGCCGGCGGUUUACACACGCUCACUGGCGCGGACCACUUAGCCGCGUUGACGCCGUUAUCCGUCGGUCCGUCUCGAGCGAAAAAUGCGCUCCUCGGUGCGCUUUGGGGAUUCGGUCACAACACCGGUCAAAUAAUCUUCGGUCUUCUGUUCAUGCUUUUGCGAAACAGAAUCCCGUGGAACACGGAAAUCAUCGGCCAGUGGGGCCAAGCCAUCGUCGGUUUAACGCUCAUCUUCAUCGGGUGCUUAGGAUUCUGGGAACAAGUCGGCGGUGGCCACGGUCACUCGCACAUCCACUCCCACGGCGGACACUCCCACUCCCACUCCCAUUCUCACGGCUCUAGCGACGACGGCGGCGAAAGCUACGACGAAGUCGAACAGUCUCACGAACACCGGCUCUCCCCGCUCCGCCUCGGCGCCUCCUCGGAAGCCUCCCGCAUCUCCUGGACCUACAUCACCGGCACCAUCCACGGUCUCCAACCAGACUCCCUCUUUCUCCUCCUCCCGGCGCUCACCCUCCCAAAACUCGAAGCCUACUCCUUCCUCGGAUCCUUCUUCUUCGGCACCAUCGUCGCUAUGGGUGGGUACACCGCCUUCCUCGGCGCCGGGACGACGUUGCUCGAAAAAGAAAAUCCGCAAAUGGUGAAAUACAUCGGAUUAGCCGCCAGUUCCGUCGCUUUCGCGUUAGGCGCCGCGUUCGUUUUGAGUUCCGUCUUUUCCUUGAAUUGGUUGUAA